AUGUCUUCAUUAGCUCCAAAAUAUGCUAUGUAUGCUUUAAACAAGCCUACUGAUCAACUGUACCAUACAAUCGAUUUGUUUCUCGAUUUAACAUGUCCAUUUAGUGCAAAAAUGUGGAAAACUCUCGUUGAAAACAACGUGCUAUCAUCAUAUAAAAAUGUUCAAUUUAUAUUUCGUCAUCAAAUUCAACCGUGGCACGCUCAGUCAACGUUGCUUCAUACUGCACUUAUUGCUGUUGCUAAACAUCAUUCAGAAAAAUUUCAAAAAGCAGCCAGUGUAUUAUUCAAUUAUCAACAAGAAUUUUUCGAUGCUCAAGUAAAAGAACUGACAUUUCUUCAAAUUUAUGAGAAAGCUAUUCAAUUGUUAAAAAAAGAAUGUGAGAUUAGUUUAGAUAUAGAUCAGUUUAAAGUUGGACAAGGUAAUAGUGGUAACUCAUUUGUUGAUGAUUUGAAAUACCACAUCAAAUAUGCUCGAAAACAUGCCGUACACGUAUCACCAACAGUAUUUGUCAAUGGACUAGAAGAACCGUCAAUCAGCUCAUCUUGGACGAAUGAACAAUGGAAAGAAUUUCUCACAAAAUUAUAG